AUGGCUUACACACCACUUGCCACUGACUUGCCCCCUUUGCUGCUCUUUUCCCAGUCCUCAGUAUGCUCCAAGAUCGUCCAGCUGCUGGGCCAGAACGAGGUGGAUUAUCGCCAGAAGCAGGUGGUGAUCGUGAGCCAGGACAGCUUCUACCGGGUGCUCACCUCGGAGCAGAAAUCCAAAGCUCUCAAAGGGCAGUUCAAUUUUGACCACCCAGAUGCCUUUGACAACGAGCUGAUCGUGAAAACGCUCAAAGAGAUCACGGAAGGGAAGACGGUCCAGAUUCCUGUCUAUGACUUUGUCUCCCACUCCAGGAAAGAGGAGACCGUGACUGUCUACCCCGCCGACGUGGUGCUUUUUGAAGGCAUCCUGGCCUUCUACAGCCAGGAGGUGCGGGAUCUGUUCCGCAUGAAGCUCUUUGUGGACACGGACGCGGACACCCGGCUGUCCCGCAGAGUUCUACGAGACAUCAGCGAGCGAGGCAGGGACCUCGAGCAGAUCUUGUCUCAGUACAUCACCUUUGUCAAGCCUGCCUUUGAGGAGUUCUGUUUGCCAACCAAGAAGUAUGCUGACGUGAUCAUUCCCAGAGGAGCAGAUAAUGAAGUGGCCAUCAACCUGAUCGUGCAGCACAUCCAGGACAUCCUGAAUGGAGGACUCAGCAAACGGCAGAGCAACGGCUACCUGAACGGCUACACUCCCCCCCGCCAACGGCAGCCCUCAGAGUCCAGCAGCCGGCCCCACUGACCCCGGGGGGCAGGCGUGUGGGGCUGGGGGCAGAGGGCACUGGGGCCCUCCCUCUGUACAUACUGUCUGUUCAUCCUCCCCCCCCUCCUUUAUUUAUUUAAGAAACCAGAUGGAGACCAAUGCCUUUAAUUUUGGAUGUUGGGAAUGCCGGACGAGAAGCAGCAGCUGGGAGCUCGGGAGCCCGGACCCGCCCGCAGCUCCUGGCCUUGCUCAGUAACUCCUCCUCCAGCACGGAACCGGCUAUAAAUCUCUAUAAAUAUAGAAUUGCUCUAU